AUGCCGCUGCCGGACGAGCUCCUCGAGGAGGUCUUCUUCCGCCUCCCCCCGGACGAGCCCGAGCACCUCGCGCGCGCCUCCCUCGUCAGCAAGGUCUGGCUCGCCCUCCUCUCCGACCCUCGCUUCCGCGACUUCCAUGGAGCUCCCCCAGUGCUGGGCUUCCUUUGUUCCUGGCGCCCCAACUCCGUCCAUGAGGUGGAGGAUAACAUCCCGCACUUCUUCCCCACCACCAAAUUCCCUGGGCGCAUUCCCGACGACGACUGGGGGUACUUCCGCUACGCUGCGUGGGACUGCCGCCAUGGCCGCGUUCUCCUCGGGGAUAUGGAUUACGAACCCGUUGCGCUCGUCGUUUGGGACCCCAUGACUGGCUGCCGGAGGGAGCUGGACCCACCUGACCAGUUGGGCACCAGCUAUGGGGCAGCGGUGCUCUGCGCCGUCGCCGGCUGUGACCACCGUGCGUGCCACGCAGGCCCCUUCAAGGUGGUCUUCAUCGCUGUGGACAGGAUGGAAGAUGAACGUCUUGUGCGCGCGUGUGUGUCCUUGCCGGGGGCGGGUGAUUGGAGCAAGCCGUGCUCUGGUCUUCAUCUUGAGCCCAUUCCACUCUGGGACGAAAUGGCCCCAGUCUUCGUGGAAGACGCAGUUUACAUCAAGCUCAUGUACAAGGAAGAUGAUCUUAAUAACAGUUUGGGGUUUGCACAUGUGCACAAGGUAACUCUCCACUUGUGGUCAAGACAGGGAGAUUCGGACGGAAUUGGGUCAUGGACUCAGCGUACAGUCAUCGAUCUUAAUAACCAUCUCCCUAUUCAAAAUCCCAAUAAAAGAUUUAGAUUGAUUGGAUCUGUGGAGGGCAAUGAUAUCAUUUUUGUAACCAUGGGCCUUGACAUCUACGAGAUUAGUCUCAAGACAUUACGGUGGAAGAAGCUACAGAAGAGAGAAAAGCUUUGUGGUCUGAUUUCGUACAUGAGUUUCUACAAUCCAUAA